GAGAGCGAGGGAGAGUAAGGGGAGGAGGGAGCAGAGGGAGGGGGCAAAGGGAGGGAUGGGAAUAGGAUCUGAGUGGAGAGUGGAAGCAGCGUGGCUGGCCGGGGCUGACUGCUGAAUGAAAGGGCCUGUUGCUCUCCACCACCGUUCGUUUUUUUGUCCCACAAAAGAGCACAUGUCCAGAGCAAACAUAGGAAGGCUCUCCAACAGUCAAGCACCAGGGGGAAGGGACAGAAUCACCACUAUACACAGACCUUUUGGAAUUCUGCCUCACUCCAUUACUUAGCCCUACAGGUGGCAGGGUGAACUACCAUUGCUAUGAGCGGGGUAAGUGUAAAGGGAGUUGAGCUGAUGUCCCGGUGGCUGUUGGUCCUACUGGUCCUACUCGCACCCCGACAUGGGAACACACACCCCCAGUGCUUGGAUUACAAGCCCCCCUUCCAGCCACGGGAGCCUCUGGUCUUCUGUAAGGAGUAUGCCAAGUUUGGUUGCUGUGACCUGGAGAAAGAUGACAAGAUCUCCCAGAACUUCUACAAGAUCAUGGACUACUUUGACUACUUGGGUUACGUGACCUGUGCGAAAUACAUACGCACCAUCCUCUGUCAGGAGUGCUCUCCCUACUCUGCCCACCUGUAUGAUGCUGAGGAUGCCAACACGCCCAUGAGGGAGCUGCCAGGCCUGUGCGGAGACUACUGCUCUGAGUUCUGGCACCAGUGCCGCUACACCAUUAGCCUGCUCACCGAUAACAACGCCACGGUGGGCAUAGAGGAGGACCGCAAUAAGUUCUGUAACUUCCUGGAACUCAAAGACAGGGAGUACUGCUACCCCAACGUGCUCUCCGACGACAAGCUCAAUGCCAACCUGGGAGAUGUUCGGGCGGACCCCGAGGGCUGUCUGCAGCUGUGUCUGCAGGAGGUGGCCAACGGCCUGAGGAACCCAGUGGCAAUGGUCCAUGCCGACGACGGGACCCACCGCUUCUUUGUGGCCGAGCAGCUGGGCUACGUGUGGGCGUACCUGGCCAACGGCUCCCGUAUUGACCGGCCCUUCCUCAACCUGACCAAAGCAGUGCUCACCUCGCCCUGGGCGGGGGAUGAGAGAGGCUUCCUCUGCAUGGCCCUCCACCCGCGCUUUACUGUGGUGCGGAAGGCAUAUGUCUACUACUCUGUGUCUGUGAAGAAGGAGGAGAGGAUCCGCAUUAGUGAGUUUACACUGUCCGCUGAUGAUAUGAACCAACUAGACCACUCCUCAGAGAGAACUAUUUUGGAAGUGGUGGAACCUGCCUCGAACCACAACGGGGGCCAACUUCUCUUCGGGCACGAUGGCUACCUCUAUAUCUUCAUCGGUGAUGGCGGAAGAGCAGGGGACCCCUUUGGCAAGUUUGGGAACUCCCAGAAUAAGUCCACUCUGUUGGGCAAGGUGCUGCGUCUCGAUGUGGACAACAACGAUGACAUGGACCCCUACAGUAUCCCGUCAGACAAUCCUUUCCUGGGGGAGAAGGACUCGCUGCCUGAGAUCUAUGCCUACGGGGUGCGUAACAUGUGGCGCUGCUCCAUCGACCGGGGCGACCCCAUCACCGGGCAGGGCCGUGGCCGACUGUUCUGCGGGGACGUGGGGCAGAACAAGUUUGAAGAGGUGGACCUCAUCGUCAAGGGUGGCAACUACGGCUGGAGAGCCAAGGAGGGCUUCUCCUGCUAUGACAACAGGCUGUGUCGCAACUCCUCUCUUGAUGACAUUCUACCUAUUUUCGCUUACCCCCACAAACUGGGGAAGUCGGUCACUGGAGGCUACAUAUAUCGAGGCUGCCAGAUGCCUAAUCUCAAUGGCCUCUACAUAUUCGGGGAUUUUAUGAGUGGGCGCCUAAUGUCACUGAAGGAGAACCAAAGCACUGGGAAGUGGGAGUACAAGGAGAUAUGUAUGGGAAAAGGCCAGACGUGCCGAUUCCCCAAACUCAUCAACAGCUAUUACAAAUACAUAAUCUCCUUUGCUGAAGAUGAGGCAGGGGAGCUGUACUUCCUGGCAACGGGAGCUCCCAGUGCGUCUGCCAGAGCGGGGGUGAUCUAUAAGAUAGUAGAUCCAUCCAGGAGAGCACCCCCAGGCAAGUGCAGCUUCAAGCCCACUCUUGUCAAGAUUAAGGGCAAGCUGAUUCACUUCCACCCGACGGAGGAGUUUGUCAUUGACAAGAAGCCGAUGACCACUGCUGUGCCCACUACUACGGCUAGAACAACAGCUACUACCACUCUCCGUACUCCUCCGACCACCAUGCGUUCUACGACGACAAGACCUACCUACAGACCGCCAACUGCAACCCUGAAGGCUACCGCUAAACCUGCAACGACGCGGGCUACAGUUAAACCUUCAACGAUGAGGGCUACUAUUAAACCUGCAACGACGCGGGCUACAGUUAAACCUUCAACGAUGAGGGCUACUAUUAAACCUCUGACGACGCGGGCUACUGUUAAACCUGCAGCAACAACUUCCAACCCCACCUCAAUGCAGCAGAGGCCGACUGGUACCGCUACACCUGCCCUGACCACCUCAUGGAGGCAGGUAGUGACGGCCAGGCCAGGUCAUGCCACCACUCUUUCCCGGCAGAGAAUGUCGUUGUCCUACACCAGGCCCACUGUUACCCCGAAGCCCCGACCACGGUUGACAACUGGAGCCAGAAGGCCCUCUCCACCAACAGCACGACCCUUGACCCGACCACAACCACACGACAUGGUCAGACCCCCACCACUAGGGGAUACGACCAACCGGCCCCAGACCACACCAAGGCCCAUGUACUGUACAGCUUCAACAAAGCCCACCACCCAGAGGCCUAACUUCACCCUCUCAAAGGUCCAGGACAAGCUCCUGAAAGGCCAGAGUGACAAGAUAGACCGUUCCACAAGGAACCGGUUCAACAAGAAGGACCGGGGCUCCCAACCUGGGAAGCAGCGGCGCCGGAAGCACCGGGCUGGGUCUGUGAGGCUGAUCAGUGCAGAGCAGCUAUCGGACCGUGGGCGGGUGGAGAUUUACAUACGGGGGGAGUGGGGUACAGUGUGUGAUGACUUGUUUAGUAGUAAAGCGGCCACGGUGGUGUGCCAGCAACUAGGAUUCCCUGUAGCCCUGCGUGUGGCUAAACGGGCGGAAUUGGGGGGCGGCAGUGGCAGUAUCCUGCUAGAUGAUGUGGAGUGUGAAGGCACAGAGAGGACGUUACUGGACUGCAAACGGGCAAAGGUGGGCAAGCACAAUUGUGCACACGAUGAGGAUGUUGGGGUGGUGUGUGGCUACCACCACGACGAGGAUAAAUAAUGAGCCAAAAUACGUCUGACUGGGGGAUCAUUGCUACUCUCCUGUGCAUGAACAGAAUCUUCCUCUAUGCACUGUACUUCAGGGCACAAACUGUGGUCAGACACAUCUCACCCUUCUACUCCUCCAAACAUACUCACACACACUGCGAAUUCAAGAUGAUUAACAACAAUUGUUGAUUGUAGACUAGACAUCCUGAUACUUUACUUCAGAGGCAGAAUCCCUUUCCUUCCUUGCCUCUCUACCAGAAAAAAGUGUAUCACUUUACAAUACUGUCCUCUGCUGGAAGAAAUGGCAUAUAUUUUGUUGAAUUUAUAAUUUUUUACAUUGUAUGAAUUGAUAAUUACAUAUAUAUAUAUAUAUAUAUAUGUUUUAUUUUUCAUAAAACAAAAUUCUACAUGUGAAGAAGUGAUGUCAAAAUAAUAAUUAUAAUAAUGAUAAUGAAAAGGAAAAUGCUGGACAUUGUGUGCUUUAUUAUUGUAAAAUUUGACUGAUUAUAUACAGCAUGUAAACUGUUUAAGGCCAUUGAGACGAAUAAAUUGAGAUUUCAUU